GUCACCGGGGCUCCGGUGGAUUAGAACUCGCCUCCCCUAGCUCCUCCCCUCAGUCCCAUUUAAAGCUCCCACGGGUUUUACUGAAAAAUUGAGUGGGCUCAGUUUCUGCAGCGCUUUCUUCCACUGCAAGAUGAACACCAUUCUGCCUUGCCAAGACCAGUACUUUGUAGGAGGCCAGAGCUAUAAUUGCCCGUAUUCCACUACAACGUCAGAAUCUAGUGUUGACGUUUCCACGGAGACUUGGGUCUCUUUCUGGGCUGCUGGUCUCCUGGACAACAGAGAGCUCCAACAAGCACCACAGACACAGGAAUCAUUCAGUGACUCAGAUUUUCCUCUUCCGGACUUGUGCUCAUGGGAAGAGGCUCAGCUCUCCUCUCAGCUCUACAGAAACAAACAGCUGCAAGAUACUCUGGUGCAAAAAGAAGAAGAACUUGCUAGAUUACAUGAAGAGAAUAAUCACCUCAGACAAUACCUGAAUUCUGCUUUGGUUAAAUGUCUUGAAGAAAAGGCCAAGAAAUUGCUCUCCUCUGAUGAGUUCUUCAAAGCAUGUGGAAAAUUCAGAAAGAGAAAGAGAAAAUCCAAAGAGCAAAGAUACUCUCCUGCUGAGAUUCCUCAUCCCAAAAAUACCAAAAGAAACGUCUCUGGUGAAUUUUCUAACUGUGGAGAACAACCUGGGCCCCCUGUGGAUCCCUGGGUCCUUCAAACACUUGGAUUGAAAGACCUUGAUACCAUUGAUGACACCUUAUCAGCUAACUACAGUGCCCUCUCAUCUCGUCCCAGAAGAUUUGCCAGCACAUUUUCCCAGUUUUCGGAUGAUGCAGUUGAUUAUAAAAAUGUUCCCAGAGAGGAUGUCUCAAUUGACUGCAGAGGUGACAGAACAACCCCCUUGCACAGCACUGCUACUCAUGGAGAAGAUUUCCACGUCCUUUCUCAACUUUCAAAUUCUCCAGCGGGGCUGAAAACUCUACCUUACUAUACUGCUAAUGUGUCACCCAACAAGACAGAGAUGGCAUUUUCCACAUCCCUGAGCCCUCAUUGUAAUGUGAAAACUCAUUCCUUCCACCAGGGACAAGCCUUUGUGCGUCGAGAUGAGGAGGGAGGCUGGAAGUUUACCUGGGUCCCUAAGCAGUCUUAGUGACCCCUCUUUUAUCACAAAGCACUGCCAUGAACUCUGUUUACAAAGACCUCUCUUGCACUUGAAUUUGACUAUGUGGAACAGAGAAGCUAUUGCUUAGACUGUCUCCUGCCACUUUAAAUGUCACUCUCAAUUACCCACUUAAAUCUGCAGGGAAUGGCUUCCACGAAUCCGUAAUGAAACAUAUCCUCGCUUCUUUCACCUAAAUUUGACUUGUUUACACACCAAUACCUGCUAUUGACGUUCUUUCUUUGCCCUAUACUUGAAAAGAUAUUUUCCAUUUACUUCUAUAUUUUUUAAGACCUAGAUACAUUUUUCAAAUUAUAGCCAGUUUAACCUAUUUUUGUCUUUUAAGUAGUUGAAAUAUCACAGCCCUUUUACUUUUCUCCCUCUUUGUCAUUUCUGAAAACUGCCUGUAGAAUGAGCCUUAUUUUUGCUUCAAUUACUUGCCACUGCAUGUUCAAAUAGCUUAGGGUGGGGUAGAAACAAGUGUCUUUGCCCAUCACCGCUACUACUGAAGACAUAAUAUGGAUGUGUAUAAUGUUAUGUUCAUGGCAGUUCAAAAAGUUCAGCGCCCCAUGGUGGCAUUGACAGUCUCUUAAAACAACUGUAACUCCACUAACAAGCAAUAUCACAGAUAUACUUUAAAAUUACACAGAACUUAAAUUAUUUUUAAAGGCCUCAUGAUGUAUCAGCUUCUAUAUGUACCCAGCAUUGUUUCUUUAACGAACAUGGCUCCAAGAAGAACAUUUUGAGGGACUGUGUUAAUAAAACUAGUCAUCAUCUGAAACUACCCAGAUGCUGACAAACUCCUACUGCUGAAAACAAACUAACCUAGUUCAGCCAUUGUCUCAUUCAUUCAUUCAUUCAUUCACAUAUUCAUUUUUUCAUUGAUCACUCCUCCCAAGAUAUCUAGAAUACCUAAUGCCUACUCUGUACCAAGCACAAUGCUACGUGAUGAUAAAAUGCAAGUGAUUUAGACACUGGGGCCACCAUCAUGAGACUCAGACCGACUCAUCUGCUAAGACUUUGAGAAAAUGACUUCCCUUUUGUGAAGGUUUAGUUUCCAAGCUGUAGGAAGUUGGACUAGAUAAUAACUAAUAAUUCUGAGAAUUAAGGCUGGGUCCUAUCAGCUUUACUCCAACAUGGCAAUUUCAGGUCACUGAAGAAACUAAAGAGAAGUCUUUAGAUAGGCACUGCAAAUAUCAUGUAAGGUGAACUUAUGUACAAUUAAUAACAAAGAAAAAUAAGCCAUUUGAAGUUAACAUUAGAAAUCAUUGCUAUGAUCACAUCUAGUAAGAGCCCAUUUUGCAGUUAACUCAGUCUAACAAUGUGAAAAUAAUUUGCAUCUAAAAAUAGAUACAUAUUAAUUUUUUAAAUAAGUGUGAUAUACUGAAUGUAGAUAUUGGCAUCAAGGAUCUAAUAUUUCUAAAUUUGAAACAAUCUAUUUGUAGUGCUUAUGCUGGUUUUCUUCUUUCCCAUCUCCCCAUAUCCCUGUCAUUCCCAGAGUAACUUACACAUCCUGCAUGUGUACCUGUGUUUUUUGGACAAACUUCAAUUAAUGAUGAAAUCCUCCUCCGUGUGGAAACCUGUUCUCAUUUUUCUCUUUUCCACAUCUCAAUAAGUAACCUUGCACAAUCAAUAUCUCAUAGGUCAAGCGGAUUGCUUAGGAGUCUUUGUAACAAAGAUAUGCCUUUCAUUGUUGUUGCUGUUUGGCUGUUGCUUUAUUUUGGUGAUGUGAACAAAAGGUCUGUUUUAUAGAGUUUUGUUACCGCCCACUUUUUAAAAUAAUUUAUGAAGAGGAAUCCAAUAUAGCAAUUAAUAUUAUUAUGUGGAGUAUUUAAUAAGUAGAACGCAAUCCAUUUUCUAAAAAGUAAAAUAAAUAAAUAAAUGUGUCUUUUACAUUCUAGUGUCUGUGCCCCUGGUUGGUGAAAUUUGUCUCUUUUUAGAAUAAGAGAUUUAAAAAUUAGAAUUAUUGUACUUUACUACACUAGGAAUUGAGAAAGCAGUAUAACUAAUUUUGAAAGUCUAAUAAUCAAGCUACAAGAGAAAAUGUAUCUGUUAACGAACACUUAUUUUUUGAUCUUCGUGUGCCUUACCAUGUGUCAAGUGCCAUGAGGAUUCACCCAAACUUAGCACAAUGCAUUUGGUGUACAAAACAAAACCACAUAAAAUGUCAUAGCUUUUGAUGGCUUUUAAAUGAAACUUAGUUUCAGCCCAGUUUAAAGAUAUUACAGAAUGCUAGGGAUAAAAUGGGUUAAGAUUUCCUGGCUUAUAUUAUGAAUGGUAUUCUGGAAGACAAUUACCACAUGUUCUUGAAAUCAUGUCUAUAAAUAUUUAAUAUCCAUUUAAAUUAUGUAUAGAAAAUUAUUUUGUUUAUGUUUGAGACACUAAAAAUUUCUUUCCCCUGAG